UACAGAGCUGCCUGUCUUCCACCUCUGGAGCUGCCAGUCUCUCCCCUUCUGCCAGGGCAAAUCUCUGCUUAAGAGCACAGCUGCUCCACGGGCUGGCUGUUCAAUCGGCAAUGAUCUCUAGUUUCAAGUGUGACAGCACCGACCUGCUCCAUCUCCAUUCAGCUGCAGGAGGCCUGAGGAGGCGGUGCAGGGUUGUAGUGAUGUUAUAGACUCUCCCACUGAAGGCUUUCCAUGUGUCCUCACUCCUGCUGUCCCCAACAAGACUGUGGACUUGUUUGAAAUGAUUGAAAAAAUGCAGGGGAGUCGUCUGGAUGAACAAAGAUGUUCCCUUCCAGCUCCUCUCAAGACAGAAGAGGAGUAUAUUCCUUAUCCCAGCAUCCAUGAGGUAUUACAGAAAGGGUGGCCAUAUCCUCUCAUUAUCCUACCCCAGUUUGGGGGCUACUGGAUUGAAGGGACCAGCCACAACCUCUCCAGCUUGAGUCCAACUCUGUCUGAUGUACCCUUUUCCUGGAGUGGUAAAGUGAAACUGGAAAGUGACCCUACAGCCAAGCUGUACCGCAAACAUUUUCUGGGAAAGGAGCACCAGAACUUUUAUUCCAGUGACAUGUCCUUGGGCUACCUAGUACUUUCUGUGAAGUAUGAACAGAUUGAGAAACAGGAAAAUCUACGCCUGUUGCUGAGGACUCGUACUGGCACCAAACAUGAUCUAAUUCCCAUUUCCUGUCUGAAUGAGUUUCCCAAUGCUGUUCAGAUGGCAAAGCUACUUUGUGAGGAUGUGAAUGUUGAACGCUUCUUUCCUGUCCUCUAUCCCAAGGCCUCGCAGCUUAUUGUUGCAUUUGAUGAGCAUGUCAUAAGCAAUAACUUCAAGUUUGGGGUCAUCUACCAAAAACCUGGACAGACAACUGAAGAAGAAGUCUUCAGUAACACUGUAGAGAGUCAGGGUUUCCUGGAGUUCUUGGAUUUCCUUGGUGACAAGAUUCAGCUGCAGGAUUUCCGUGGGUUCCGGGGAGGCUUGGAUGUUACCAGAGGCCAAACAGGCACAGAGUCAGUCUAUACAAAUUUCCGGGGGAAGGAGAUCAUGUUUCACGUGUCCACAAAGCUGCCCUUCACAGAGGGAGAUUCCCAGCAGCUUCAGCGGAAGCGUCACAUUGGGAAUGAUAUUGUAGCCAUCAUUUUCCAAGAUGAAAGCACACCUUUUGUCCCUGAUAUGAUUGCUUCUAAUUUCCUACAUGCUUAUGUGGUAGUUCAGCUCACUCAUAGCACCACUGGGGACACUCUCUACAAGGUUUCAGUCACAGCCCGAGAUGAUGUCCCCUUCUUUGGACCACCUCUGCCAAAUCCAGCCAUAUUUAAAAAGAGUGCAGAGUUUCGUGAAUUCCUUCUGGUCAAGCUCAUCAACGCUGAGUACAGCUGCUAUCGAGCUGAGAAAUUUGCUAAAUUAGAGGAAAGAACACGGAGUGCCCUCUUGGAGAGCCUUUUUGAGGAGCUGCAACUUCGCAGCCGCAGCAUGAUGGGAUUACCUGUAGGGGAGGAUGACAAGAUAGAGAAUGGCAGUGGGGGCUUCCUCGAGAACUUCAAGCGGGUGAUCAGAGGCCGCAGCCAGAGCCUGGAUACCAUGGGGAUAUCCAUGAGAAAGCAGCAGCCAGCCACCCUGCCCAGCCGCCCAGCUACAGCUGGCCUUGCCCUCAGCCAGAGUGUCGCCGAGGGCCCUAAGGCCAUUGCUGCGUCUUUUGCCUUGCCUGGUAGGAGCCCAUCACGUACUCGAGCCAGCCGCUUCCACGGGCGACGGAGUAGUGCCAUUGGCAUUGAAAACAUACAGGAGGAAAAGAGCAGAGACACCACAGAGAGGAUACAGAGGGUGUUGGACUGUCCAGGAACUUUCUUUGACCUGAAGUCUGAUGGAUCAUCCAGUCCCAGCUCCCCAGAGUUCCCCAGCAGGAAGAGCAAAAUGCUCAGGAGUCAAACUUCAGGAUACUGUGUGAUGCAGCCACUCUCACGUUCAUCAUCCAGUGUAAGCAGUUGUUGUAGUGGAUUGAGGGAAAAUGGAACAUCUGAGGAAGAGGAGAAUGACAGGGAGCUGAUGUGCUCACUUAAGGGCCCUCCAAAACAGGAUUCAGUGGUUCAGAGUAUGUGGCUGGAUGACAGUGACUGCACACCCAGUACUUCUAGCUCACCAGGAAGCAGGUUGCUUCCUUCCAGCAGUGUUGCUGGCUCCACUGGAAAAGGAAAAGGCAGCAAAGCAGAGGCUCAGCACCAUAAUCCAGCCUCCAUUUUGUGCUGUGUGUGAUGUCAGCGCUGGAGCACUGUCUGCUGCACGCAGGGUGAGGAGCACAGGUAAUGGACAUGGUGGGAGGAGAGCCAUGGGCCCCUGGCCAUCCCUGCCUCACUGAGACAGUGCAGCAAGGGCUGUACAGCUUCUCAGCAAGCAGACCUAGUCCCUUACCUUUCUCCCCACGCCAUCUUCCACAGCCAGCAACUCUGGCCUGUCUGAUUUACCUAAGUGCUCCCUUUCUUAGCUGCCUCUUCCCUCUCAUGGAGCAGCAUUUCCCACUGAGAUUUUGCUCUCUGCCCUAAUCUAGGCAGUUUCUUUUUCUUUGUUCAGUUCCUUUGCUCAGAUGCAACCUACCUUUCUCUGUGCCUAACCUCUGCUUUUUAGUUUCCUUACUUUACAGAACCCCUUUCUGUUGCUCAUUUUCUGAUGUGCCUAUCUGUACACUUGCUUAUUUGCUUUCAGCCUAGCAUUACUGGGACCUACUUGUCCAUGCCAGUUUCACAGCUUUUCUAGACAUGGGGAGUGGGACUUGAUUUCCUGGUGAGGUCUGUAAUAGAGCAAAGGGGAACACAACUUCAGGUUUGCUCCCUAGAAUUCAUAGUCCAGUGUUGUUGAGAGUCUCUCUUUUUGCUCAGUAUCCCUUUCUUUGUCCUGUAUCUUCCCUGGCCUGACAGCUAAACAGCUGCCUUGAAAGUGCUGAGGAGUGAGGCUCUCAGGAACUAGUUUAGUAUAUAGCUGAGUAGUGUGUCAUCUUCACGGAAGAAAAUUCUUCCAGCUAUUCCCAAAUAUUCCUAAAGAGCUGGUAGUUCCUAUUGUUGGUGUUUAGAUCUUCAGCGCUCAAGUUGUAGCUGCCCUGCCACCUUGUGGCAUUCAGAGCAGUCAGGUGAACGGUCCAGCUCCACGUGGUGGUGGCCACUGGUGCCGCAGCAGAUCAGAGGGGAGCGGGUACCACCAGACUGUUUCAGUGUGUGCUAUGACAGAGAUCAGAACCGAGCAUCACAGUUCAGCUGCUAGCUGCUGUUUACUGGGGUCAUCCCCAGAGUGUCUGCCAAGAGCUUGUGCUCACAUCACAGCUCUGUAACACAGGAGCAAGGUUGUCUAAACAAGGGGCAGAACUCCCACAAAGUUCUGCUCCCAAACAGGUAAAUUUUGCUCAAAAUAGGUACAAAGUCAGAAUUGCAAUAAUCUGCAAACUCGCUGAUGCAAAGGCUGUGGUUUUGCAUUUACUGGUGGCUAUUACAGGCAAUAAGCAAUGUAUCUCAGUAGUGCUUAAGUAUGAUUUUAGUACCUAAGGUUUUGAGCAUUUAAUUUCCACUGAUUUGAAGUAGGUCAAGGAGCAUUUAAGAUAAUUUUGUGAAAUAUAUUGCAGCCUGUAGGAUCCAUGUCUUUCAGUCCAUCUGCCAAAUCAACAACAUUCUGCCACAAAGGCUGGCUAUUUUUCAAUUGAUCUGGUUCAAAGAACAAAGUUUCAUGAGACCCUGCUUUUCACUGUGAGAUUACUUCCAGAUGUUCCCUGAAUUCUCACCAGCUCCUUACCAGAGUUCAUUAUUUCCACAAAAGGGCAUUUUACCCACUCCUGAGACAGCACUACUGGCUUAAAGUGAUGUUUUAAGUAAUUCCAUUUUAUCACAAUCUCUGAAUCAGUUUGAUAGCACAGAUUGGAGACUAACAAGUUUCAGGGAAGAAAUGGCCAAAAGAUCUCUUUAACAUGACUUCAGGUGACUCAAAGAAACCUAUGGCACCCACAUACUGGUAACUUCCUUGUCAUUCUAACUUCUCUUAUCUCUCACAAAGAUUUCCUUAAGUUCCAGGCUGGAUUUGUCCAAAGACUAAUGGUUGUACUGAUAGAAAGGAGGAAGGACUCCUACAAUCCUAGGGUAUUUCCUGAAGAAACAAAAGAAGUAAAAAUUGUGGAUGGGAGAACAAAUGAUACUGCCACAACACUUACAGCUGUAACAACGUGAAGGAUGCAGAUUUUUUUUUCUGAUGCUUUGUUCCAGGAUUUGCUGUUCAAGUGAAAAUACAUGAAUAUGCUUUACCUUAAAGUUCAGAAAAAGACAAAACAGGGAAUUUCAGUUGCUGCUGUUUCAUUCAGUGAUGCAUCAGAGAGUGUGGAAUCAUUGAGAAAUCAAACUUCAUAUAAAUCAAAUUUCCAUGUGUUAUUCCAAUUCACCUGAUACAGGGCCAGGCUCAAACUAUUUCCAUGUGAAUUUUCUUCAUUUUAUUGUUUGCAACCUUUUCCACUGCAGACUACAUGAUUGGAAGUCCUUCACAGACGUAUCCAAAUCACCUUUGGGUAGGCAGCAAUUAGGGCAUCCUUGAAGAAGCAAAACAGAGUUUUCUUCAGUUACCAGCUGAACCUACAAUGGUGUUCACUACCAUCCUCCAAAGACAUUACUGUAAAACUUGGAUUCAUUAAAAACCCCUGCUGCAAAGUUUGGUGUUGGUGCCACGUGUGUGGUGGUUUCUUCAAAUAUCAGUCACUGCAGAGCAAGGUGUAUCAAAUAUUGUCCAGGAUGUGGACAGUUCCUUUUAAAAUUCUUGAUGGGCUCCCUAGACUCUUCUUUGGGCUUGAAUUGUGUCCUUUCCAGCUGCCAUGAUGCAAAGUAAAAGGAAGCAUUAAUAUCUUAGCCUGUGCUUCUUAUGUCUAUGUAGUACACUGGACUUAAAAUAAAAGGAGAAUGUGGCCAGCU